CGGCGAAGGCGCCAGUAGUGGAAUGUGUCGGAUGAAGGUUUAUCCACACUAGGCUCACUACUGGUAUAUGUCGAUGACAGUUAGUGAUAAUUUUUUUAAAGAUAAGUGAAUUUGUUGUUGUGAUUUCGUUACUAUGGCAACCCGUAAACAAUCGACGCAGUGGAAGUGGUUUCGUGACUUAUCGGCAAGAUGGUCCACGAAUUUCGACUUGACAUUUUACAGAAUCGGAAGGACAAUCGGCACCCGUCCCGUGCUCUUCUUGUUGUUGUCCCUAGCCUUGUGCCUCGCCAGUUCGCUGGGUCUCCUCUUCUGGAAAGAGGAAGUCGACAAUGUUCAGCUGUUUAUGCCCGUUGACUCUCACGUCCGACGCGAUGCAGCGUGGGUGGAACGUAACUUCCGGGAUGAAAUGCGCUUCGAAAGUGUUAUUGUGGAGGCAGAAAAUGUGCUGACCCCAACUGUUCUGGCGUCGAUAGCGGAGCUUGAGAUUGCUGUGAGAGGCAUAGUGGCUGCAGGACACAACUGGACUGACGUCUGCGCCAGGUACUUGACAUGGUUUCCAGAUGCUAAAGAAAGUGAAGUGACAGAGGAGAUACAUGAAUAUAUGAAGGACUACGAAUUCCAAGACAAUUGUAUUUAUCAGUCCGUCUUAAGAAUUUGGACAUCAAAUGGCACAAUGGACGCUGUCUUUAAAUUGGAUCAAGAAGCCAUCAUAAAGAACAUAACGAAUGCUGUAAACGGCACGAAGAUGUCACAUGGGAAGUUCUCAAAUGUCCUUGAAAAAGUGGAGCCGCUAUUAUCUGGUAUUAAGUGGGAUAGCCAAGGAAAUAUAAUUGGAGCAAAAGCAACUAUUCUCAGCUGGAUUCUAAAGAAGACAAACAGGUGGUCCCCAGAAUGGGAACUGGAAUUCAUUCAAAAUGUACUGUUCUCAAACAGAUCUCUUCCUCCGGGGGUGAAGAUCUAUGCAGUAUCAACACGUAGCUACUUGGAUUUCUUGCAUCAAGUUUUGGAAAAUAACCAGACAGUUCUUUUUGCUGGUUUCACACUUAUAAUAGUCUAUGUUGUGGUUAUGUUGGGCCGUUUCAACGUGGUGGAACAAAGGGUAUAUUUGUCUCUGCUUGGAGUGUCAGUGGUGGGCCAGUCCAUUUUGGCGUCAUAUGGACUAUGCUUCUACAUGGGAUUCUUCUGGGGACCAGUUCACCCAAUUUUACCAUUCCUCUUGCUAGGAGUUGGAGUGGACAACUCAUUUGUUAUAAUGCAGUGUUUGGAAAAUGUGAGCAAAGAAGACAAGUGUACUAGUGUUCCAGAGAGAUUAGGCCGAACUUUACGACAAGCAGGUGUCUCAAUAACAGUUACAUCACUGACUGACAUAGUUGCUUUUGCAAUUGGAACUUCAACAAUUAUGCCAUUCCUGAGAUCAUUCUGCAUGUUCGCAGCGUCUGGUAUCAUCUUCCUGUAUGUGUUCGAGAUUCUCUUCUUUGUGAGUUGCUUAGCAAUUGAUGAGAGAAGACUGCGAAGCAGAAGAGAUGGGUGCAUUUGUAUAGUACACAGAAACUGGAAACCAAAUGAAUGCAGUCAGCGGAACAUUCAGAAAAUGGUGUUUAACAAAUAUGUUGGCCCCACAAUGAUGAAGACACCUGUCAAGGUUUGUGUUCUCAUUGGUACAUUACUUUUGUUCAGUGUGAAUGUGUGGCUUGUUCUUAAAGUGGAGCAGAAGUUUGAUCCUAUGUGGUAUCUGAAUUCAGAAUCAUAUCCCAUGAAAUACAAUAACAAACUCACUGAGCACUUUCCUGAGUAUGGAAAGCGUGCAGGAAUUUAUUUAGGUAGUGAAAUAAAUUACUUCACAGAUAAAGAUAAGUUGUAUGAACUGUAUAACCGCUUAGAAAGAAAUCCGUACAUCAACAAAGGAACACUGGAUUUCUGGUAUAUAAAAUUUCAGGAUUGGCUGAAUGAGAAAGUUGCAGCAGAUUCUCUUCCUAGUGAUGAAGAUGAACUGAAAAGUUACAUCUCUGAAUUUCUUCUAAUGUCUCAGAAUGGUCAAAAUUACAUAAAGGACAUAAAGUUCUCUACUUUUCCAUUUGGAGACUACAAUAUCACGGCUUCCCAGAUCCCCAUUCAGCAUAUCCUUAUGAACACUACAACAGAGCAAGUGAAGGCCAUGGAAUCUGUUAGAGAGAUAAUCCGAAGCGUCAACUUCUCUCUGGAGGAUAUUGUAUCAUAUUCUCCUGAGUAUGUUUCAUGGACUGCAAAUAAGAUUAUUGGUGAUGAACUGCUUAGAAACUUGGGGCUUACCAUCUGUGCAGUUGCCAUUGUGACGCUGAUUCUCAUUCAGCACUUGCAGACAACAUUUUGGGUGAUAUGUUGUGUAAUAUUCACAGUUGUGGAUCUUGUGGGCUCCAUGUACUGGCUUGAUCUUACCAUUGAGAUCUCUUCAUCUAUCAUGAUAUUGCUUUGUGCAGGCUUGGCUGUCGACUACUCAGCUCACAUUGGAAAUGAAUUCACACGUCUUCAGGGAACUAGAGAUGAGAGAGCCAUUAAAACACUGGUUAUGAUUGGGUCUGCAGUGUUCAAUGGUGGACUCAGCACUUUUCUGGCAUUUGUAUUGCUAGGUGGAAGUGAUUCAUAUCUCUUCUUUACAUUUUUUAAGUUAUUCGCAGGAGUAGUGGUGUUUGGUAUGUUUCAUGGGUUGGUGUUCCUUCCCAUUGCACUUAGCUGGUUUGGACCACCAGCUAGAAGAAUUGUUGAUAAAGAAGCUAGUCAGCAUUACACAGUUCCUUUAGAAAGCAGAAAUGGAUAUUGCCAAAGAAAUAGUGAUACAAAAGAAGAUGUAUCUUCAUGUAAAGGACCUUUGAAGGUAGAAAAAGAAGUUCUAGAGGAUGGAGAUAUUCAUCAAGUAUCAAGUCUGAUUAUUAAAACUCAUCAAUGUAAUCUGUGUGACAGUGGAUAUAAUAGUAAAUCACCUUCUGGUAGCUCAGAAAGCAACUGAGGUAUGAUUAUUGUGUAGAAAAUUGACGUUAUCUUUCAUGAUUUCUUAGGCAUAGGCAGGAUAUUUGGAGCUAUUAUAAAAGUGUAUACAUACUUUCAUUCACAGACUGUAACAGCAUCCAUCUUUCUUGAACUUUUACAGCAGGACAGUAUUGUAAGAUUGGUGACUGAUUGCUGAGUGAAUGAUAAAGAAUUAAAACUGAUGCAGAAAGCUUGACAGUCUUCUAGUGAAGCUAAAUAGUACUAUAAAUUUUGAAGCUAAAUAGUACUGUAAAUUUUGUCAUUUUUCUUCACCACAGCAGACAAAUAUUGGUACUGUAUCAUAAGAUUUAGGCCAUAACCAUUUUCUCCCCUGCCUUUAUGAAGCUUUAUUUUAUCAUCAUCAUAAACAGUUUUAGUGUGCAUGUAACCUAUGAACAUGGAUGUGAUGUUAUAAAAGUAAAGAAUGAGUAUUCAGAACCACAAAAUGUAGCAUCUGUUUUGUGUGUCCUUUGUGCUAGAUACAUAUAUAAUAUAUACAUAAGAUUUACUCCUGAAUAAAUCAUACUUCAAAACCAUUGAAGACAAAAUUUAAAAGCAUACCGAAAUUUAAAUGGCUACAUGGAUAAUAUAAGAGAACAAGUCAGUACAUACUGCAGGUGCUUGUGAAUGUUGCAGUUGCUUGGAUUCAAUUUCUUCAGUUUCUCUUGUAGGUGAGCAACUAUUAGUUCCUCAAGAAGGACUCUGCUCCAUGGAGUUAGUUAGUUUUGGUCGCUGUUUAGCAGGCGUUUAUGGACAAGAAAGGUAAGAGCCCGUGGUGUUCACUCAGUGUUGGAAUGUGGAAUAUCUUAGUGAUUCUGAACUCACCAGUAAUCCAGGUCUGAUAUAUGUAUGUGGACCGUAUUAGCCAGUGCAGAAUCGGAGGUGACAGUUUCAGGAGUCACCAGAAUAAAUACUGCUGCUGUGCUGUUCUUGUCUUAUAGCUCAAUAUUAUUAGCUAUGAUAACCUAUAGCCAUUAUAACAAAUCAUAUUCUUUCACUGUUGUGUUAUGUGAGAAGUAAAGUGAGAUGUAAUUAUAUUGUGCCUUUUGGCAAAUCUAUCACCAAAUGUGUUUACUUUUUAUUUCAAAAUCUUUAUGUGGCAUGUAAUGAAUAAAACUGUUUUCAUUAUUCAGCACAGUCAUUUAUAAAUCAACAUCAAACAUGCUCUAGUGGAGUUUCAAAUCAUGGAGCCACAAUGAACUGGUUAGCCCCUUCUAAACUACUACAGUUGUCAAAAUCAAUGUUGGUAAACAGUUUAAUGUUUAAAUGUAACAUUGCCAGCUACCAGUCUUUUGUACUUUGUGCUUAUCUGCUUGUGAGAAGGUGAAGUUCAUGUGUUGCUACAGAUUUUUUUUACGGAGGUUCCUGGCAAAUUAUGAUUUUUGACCAUAGUGAUAUGUAAUAAAGCCCAGUUUGUAAAAAGUCAUGUAUGGAUAUUUCCAUGUAUCCCUUAAAUUGACUCAACAGAUUUUGUUGAAAUUCAGCAAGAAAGAAUUUACUAAAUCCUGUAAGGUAACUCUGAUUUUCAGGUAUACCAGUCUAUUAUAAAGCUAGUUUGUGUAAGGCCAUAAAUUGAACCCAUAGAUAUUUUUUAAAUUUGAUAUGGAAGAGUCAUGAAUUUGCAUUUAAUUAUCAUUUUUAAUAAACUUAAUAAAACUUGAAGAAUGA